UGCCACUACGGUUUCGUGCAAAGUUCAUAGUGAAACGCAAAACUAUUUAAUAUUUUGAUAUGACAACUGAAGUUGAAACCUCAUAUUAUAGUCAUGGUUCAGUGAGCAUCGAAUCUGCGCCAUAGUUCUCUAUUAUGACUACAAUGCCAUUGCUAUUAUCUGAGUCAUUUGCGUCAUGAAAGACGGCUUCGCCCUAAACUUUUGAUAUAUAUAUUUUUUUUUACAGUUAACUAUCACUUGUCCUUUUGACAAAUCUUAUUAUAUCGGGGCAGACUGGUGCUUGUACAUCUGUUAACGCCUCCAGUGCAUAACACGACGAUUGUAGAAAAGGAAGAGCAGAUUGGAUUAGGAACAAAGUUGCCAGAGGGGAGAGAAACUUCUUUUUCUGAAGGGUCCUACAAAAUGGCCGAUGACAGGGCUUGGUGGAGUUUAGCUCUCAUGGUUGGCUUUAGAUUGAUGGCAACGUCUCUAGCUGCAGAGGGUGAUGUGAAGCUUAUUGGAAGUGAUCGAGGGAUCGAGGGAAAGCUACUGAUUGAGCACGAUGCAGUGUGGCGGACAGUUUGUUUCGAUGGAUGGACUCACACAGACUCCGAUACUGUAUGCAAGCAGCUAGGUUUCUCGAAAGGAGCGAUGAUAACUAGAGCUAGUACCGGAGAGUUCACCGGGUCGGCAGGCUCGCCGACUGUCAAAGCCCCGGGCUGUACCGAGGCGAACAGCCGUCUUUCUGACUGCCCUGGUUUCACCUACCAAGAAGAUUUUACAUGCAGUGCUGAAGUGGAUCUUAGUUGCUAUGUUGAUGACUUUAUUGGAUGUCACAUCGGAAAUCCGCUUGACUGGGCCACAGUGGAGUUACUGUUAAAUGGUGUCGACUCUAUCGAAUACUGCGUGGGGCUUUGCAGAUUUAGGAAUUAUGAAUUUGCAGCAAUCAGCGGGAACCGUUGCCUGUGUGGCAGAGAGUCAGGAGUAAAAGGCCCUCUGGUGAGCACAGUGAAUUGUGCAACACCAUGUGGGAGAGACGCUACAGAGGCGUGUGGAACCAGCGAUGGCGCAUCCACUGAAUUUUACACUAUCUGGCCGACAUCUGUGGGUCAAUCUAACGGUGCGUUGUCAACAGCGAAUGGUUGCAUUUAUUCCCGCGGAUUUCCGGGACGAUACUCGACAACCAACCAGGUUGAAAUCAACAUCCACACGGUGUCACUCCCAAUAGCAAAGUACGUUGCCCUGAAGAUCCCAGUGUUUGAUCUCUACGCCAUGGAUCGUUUAGAGAUUUCACAGGGAGGAAUGAUGGUGGUCUUGACGGCACCCGUCUCGCCACAGGACGUGGUCAUACCGUUCCAGGCACAGGUUUCUGGGUUUGAUUUGAGGUUCACCACUGAUGCGAGUUCGCCGACAGAUGGAAAUUUCGGAUUCGUUGUAUGCUACGAGUCUUUAGACGAGUUGCCAACCGUGCCGCCCUCAACACCCUCUCCAACAACCCCUUCAACUGCCCCACCUACAAUUGCACCAACCAACGCCCCGACCAAUGCCCCAACCAACGCCCCCACCGAUGCACCGUCAGCGGUGCCUAGCACGGCUGGCCCCAUGGAGGCAACAACUGCGCCAUCGGAUACCCCCAUGCCAACCGAGAUGAGUACAGUGCCACCAACGGAUGCUGCCACUACUAUAGCACAGCAACCACAGGGAGAGUGCCCUCUUCACCAUGGUGCCUUGGUCGAGCAAAGGCUGGACCGUGACGGAAACGAUCUCCUCUUACUCAACACUGGUAACCCCUUCAACUGUACUGGAUUUAUAAGCGGCUUAACUUAUUUCUCUGCAAGCCUCGAAUCAUUUAAAGUCAGCGUAUGGUCGGUAAACGACACAGACAAAUAUAUUCUACAAGAGGAGUUCACUAUAGAAGGAACAUCCCGUGAGAUAAGUACGUCAGUGAACUUAUUGAGGUCAGUCUGGCUACCCUUCUAUCCUGGUAACGUAAUGGGAGUCAGCUUCAUGACUUCUCCCUUUGUGUGGAGUGAGGCGGCAACUUCAAACGGGGAGGCCACACAGUGGAUCAGUUGGAUGCUCAACGAUGCCAACCCAGAGCAAAGAGAUACCGCCGAUGGGACAAUAUUGGAUCGAGCGUACUCCAUUUCAGCCCAGCUUAGAGCGCGGGUUGUCUGUCCAGUCCCAACUGUUCCUAACUCUAAACCCACUGAUGCUAUUGUGCCAUUCGUGUAUGAAGGGCAAUACUACUCAUUAAGCUGCAAGUCUAACUACGGACCUCCAGCUUCCUCAUCAGGAAGAUACCUCUGCCAGGAAGACGGCACUUUCGACGGGGAACUCGUUUGUGAACGACAGGGAAUUUUCCCAUUUGGUUUCACCUUCACCCAGUUAAUAAUCUGUGUGGUUGUAUUGAUGUUGAUGUGCCUGACAAUCUUUGUUGUUUGCUGUACGAUGUUUUGCUGCAGUGGCAGCAGAGCAUCUUCCAAUGCCAAGAAAGAACACCUCGUGGAAAGUGGUGGAGAGACAGAUGACACUGCAGACCAGAGCGAUGGCAACGCAUUACUUGUACUCAUCGACUCAGAAAGUGGAGAGCUUGACAAUCCUGUACCAGUUGACGCAGCUGAUCAAGAUUCUCUACCGGAUUACUUGCCGGGUGAGUUUUCAGAGAAUAGCGUCGCUGGUGAUGCCACUGAUGCCAUGAACGUCCCUGCUGGUGAUGCCAUCGAUGUCCCUGCUGGUGAUGAAAUCGACGUUCCCGCUGUUGAUGUCCCCGACGUUGAUUCAACCGACCCCCCUGCCUAUGAUUACACCGACGUCCCAGCCGCUGAUACUACCGGCACUGCGGUGAUAGACAACCCAAUAGCUGAUGAGUCGGGAUAGGUGUGAACUUGCAUCCAUAUACGGGAGGAGAACCACCUGUAUUAAGGCUGCAUCAAUGUGCUCAUGCAACUCGUGUUUUAGUUGGUUAAAGGGAAGGUACACGUUUGGUAAUUACUCAAAACAAAUAUUAACUUAAAAACUGACUUGGUAACGAGCAU